AUGGAAAUACCUGUGCCUGACUUCUGUUUUGGAAUUACUUGUAAGGUUGAACAACCAAUGGGGUUGGAUGGUGUGAUCUGCGAAUCAUCAAAUGAAUUCAUAUCAAAUGAUUUAAACAUUGGGCUUGGAAACUACAUAAAAGCGGAAGAAUGUAAUUGUGAUAACGUUAUGGAUGACAGCCUAAUAGAUAAUAAGUUGGAAAUUUUACGAGAUAAUCAAUCUUUGUAUUUGGAUGAUAGUUUUAAACAUAAAUACAACUCUAAUGAUGGUCACGUUGUUAAUGUUCAUAACCGUAUUAAUUGUGGUACAACUGUUAAGCGACAUCGAAUUUCAUCAGUUCAAGAUUCUGAAAAGGGAGUGAAACCGUCAUGUGGUUUUUGCAACAAGACGUUUUCAACAGUUACUGGACGGGACCGUCACAUUAAAAGCAUUCACAAAAAAAUGAAAUAUUCUUGUAUUCAAUGUGACAGAAAGUUUUCAAGUAAAUUCCGUUUAAUUGAACACAAGAAAGUUAUUCAUGACGGAAUAAAACUUACUUGUAAGCAAUGUGAUAGAAAGUUUAAUUGUAAAUCCAAUCUAAACGAACAUGUAAAGUCUGCUCAUGAAGCGGAAGAAUGUAAUUGUGAUAACGUUAUGGAUGACAGCCUAAUAGAUAAUAAGUUGGAAAUUUUACGAGAUAAUCAAUCUUUGUAUUUGGAUGAUAGUUUUAAACAUAAAUACAACUCUAAUGAUGGUCACGUUGUUAAUGUUCAUAACCGUAUUAAUUGUGGUACAACUGUUAAGCGACAUCGAAUUUCAUCAGUUCAAGAUUCUGAAAAGGGAGUGAAACCGUCAUGUGGUUUUUGCAACAAGACGUUUUCAACAGUUACUGGACGGGACCGUCACAUUAAAAGCAUUCACAAAAGAAUAAAGUAUCCAUGUGAUCAAUGUAGUAAAACGUUUUCGUCUAAAUGUAUGGUGAAUAACCACGUGAAAGCUAUUCAUAAAGGAAUAAAACUUACUUGUAAGCAAUGUGAUAGAAAGUUUAAUUGUAAAUCCAAUCUAAACGAACAUGUAAAGUCUGCUCAUGAAGGCAUAUUUUACCAAUGUGAUAAGUGUGAUAAGAAGUUCACUGCGAAAUGUCCACUAAAUAGACACAUACAAUCAAUUCAUCAAGGAAUAAAGUAUCCAUGUGAUCAAUGUAGUAAAACGUUUUCGUCUAAAUGUAUGGUAAAUAACCACGUGAAAGCUAUUCAUAAAGGAAUAAAACUUACUUGUAAGCAAUGUGAUAGAAAGUUUAAUUGUAAAUCCAAUCUAAACGAACAUGUAAAGUCUGCUCAUGAAGAUAAAUACAACUCUAAUGAUGGUCACGUUGUUAAUGUUCAUAACCGUAUUAAUUGUGGUACAACUGUUAAGCGACAUCGAAUUUCAUCAGUUCAAGAUUCUGAAAAGGGAGUGAAACCGUCAUGUGGUUUUUGCAACAAGACGUUUUCAACAGUUACUGGACGGGACCGUCACAUUAAAAGCAUUCACAAAAAAAUGAAAUAUUCUUGUAUUCAAUGUGACAGAAAGUUUUCAAGUAAAUUCCGUUUAAUUGAACACAAGAAAGUUAUUCAUGACGGAAUAAAGUAUCCAUGUGAUCAAUGUAGUAAAACGUUUUCGUCUAAAUGUAUGGUGAAUAACCACGUGAAAGCUAUUCAUAAAGGAAUAAAACUUACUUGUAAGCAAUGUGAUAGAAAGUUUAAUUGUAAAUCCAAUCUAAACGAACAUGUAAAGUCUGCUCAUGAAGGCAUAUUUUACCAAUGUGAUAAGUGUGAUAAGAAGUUCACUGCGAAAUGUCCACUAAAUAGACACAUACAAUCAAUUCAUCAAGGAAUAAAGUAUCCAUGUGAUCAAUGUAGUAAAACGUUUUCGUCUAAAUGUAUGGUGAAUAACCACGUGAAAGCUAUUCAUAAAGGAAUAAAACUUACUUGUAAGCAAUGUGAUAGAAAGUUUAAUUGUAAAUCCAAUCUAAACGAACAUGUAAAGUCUGCUCAUGAAGGCUGUGGAGCUAGUUGGGCAUGUGAUCCAAGAAGACGUCCUCAUCGCUACAUUGUAUUGUUCUUCAUUUGUUUCCUUUCUUUUGGAAGCUAUUUUUGCUAUGAUAAUCCUUCAGCACUUCAAGAUGUCUUCAUAAACUCUUUAGAUAUGACAAAGGUUGAAUUUAUGAAUUUGUACGCAUUUUACUCAUGGCCAAAUGUAAUUCUAAGUUUUGUAGGUGGUUUUCUUAUCGAUAGAGUAUUUGGUAUCCCAUGGGGAAGCAUUAUUUUUUCAAUGUUUGUACUUAUUGGGCAAAUAUUAUUCGGUAUAGGAGCUUAUUUUAAAAAUAUUCCUGCAAUGUAUUUUUCCCGAUUGAUAUUUGGAAUCGGUGGUGAAUCACUCGCUGUAGCACAGAAUACUUAUUCAACUGAAUGGUUUCCACCGAAUGAGUUAAAUCUAGUAUUUGGACUUCAACUUAGCAUGUCACGUAUUGGAUCGACAGUGAACAUGGUAACAAUGCAACCACUGAAUCGAGCUGUUGGCAAACACUUCAAUAUACACACUAAUCAACAAUUGGGUGCAUCUUUAUUGACUGCUUCUGUUACCUGCUUAUUUUCUACUAUCUGUGCUGUAAUUAUGUUGUUUUUUACAAAAAGAGCUAAACGUAUUCUGUCAUCUUGUGUAAAACCGCAUUCACUGAGUACCCAGCCUGUUGAAUCCAAUACACUAGAAAUAUCUAAUCAUGAAGAAGAACAAUUACUCACGACGAAAACAGAAGAUCAAAACAAAAAGAUUUCUUUUAUGGAUGUUAUUCAUUUUCCAGGCGCUAUUUGGCUUAUUUGUAUUAUUUGUGUGACAUAUUACGUAACAGUAUUUCCAUUUGUUAGUUUAGGACUAGUAUUUUUUGAAAGGAAAUUUGGUUUAUCUGUUCAAGAUGCUAGUGUUGUUAACAGUCUUAUCUACAUUAUAUCCGCUGUGGCAAGUCCUGUAUUUGGAGCAGCAAUUGAUAUUAUCGGAUAUAAUUUAUAUUGGUUAUUCAGUGGAAUAUUAAUUACAUUGGGCUGUCAUUUAUGCUUUGCUUUUACUAGUGGUCAAAUUCCUCCACUAGCUAUCAUGAUUGUGAUGGGUUUGUCUUAUUCUGUUCUGGCUAGUAGUUUAUGGCCAAUAGUUGCGUUUGUAUUGCCAUUGCAUCAAAGAGCCACAGCUUAUGGUUUAAUUUCGUCAAUUCAAAAUUUAGGACUUGGAUUAAUUUCCAUCUUUGCUGGAUAUUUAGUUGAUACAAAGGGCUAUUUGUUCCUUGAAGUGUUUUUCGUCUUCUGUCUAAGUAUCGCUAUCACUGCUACAUUUGGUCUACUUAUAUGGGAUCAUCGUUUUGGUACAGGAUUAUUAAAUGAAUCUGGUGUAAAUAGACGAUCGAAAAAUCUUGUAAGCAAAAUUGAUGAUGGAACUGUAAGCCGUACAUCAUUGGAGCCAGUUAUUACUUGA